CAUUUUGUAGAAAGAAAUGCUAUUGUAAUAAGCUAUGGUUUACAAACUAAUUCUACUCUGGUUGGAAAGCAAGAUCAUUUUGAAGAUCCCACAUUCAAAUUCCAAAUUCCUCUUCAAAUUGCAGCAGAGCGUGAAAUUGCAAGGUCUUUGAUUGGAGAUCCAAAAUUUAGCUGGGUUGUCAGUCUGAAGGAAUUUGCACACCCUGCGCUGCAGAUUUUCUCUGCUGUGGGUACAGUAGGACCAACUUUUUUCCUUGUAAUUGCCAUGUUUGGUUUUGUCUUUCAAAUUAGUUCUUUGAUUGCGGAGAAAGAACUCAAACUUCGCCAGGCAAUGACUAUGAUGGGUCUUUAUGAUACUGCAUAUUGGUUCUCGUGGCUCACGUGGGAAGGGAUCAUCACGCUUAUUUCAUCACUUCUCACAGUUCUCUUUGGAAUGAUGUUUCAAUUUGAUUUUUUCAAGCACAAUUGCUUUGUAGUUGUGUUCCUUCUUUUCUUUCUUUUCCAAUUCAAUAUGAUUGGUUUUUCCUUCAUGCUGUCGGCCUUCAUUAGCAAGUCAUCUUCAUCAACAACUGCAGGUUUCUCCAUAUUUAUUAUCGGUUUUCUAACUCAGGUUAUUACACAAUUUGGAUUUCCGUAUAGUUCCAACUUCUCCAGUCUUUAUCGGAUCAUCUGGUCACUGUUCCCACCAAACCUUCUUGCUCAAGGUCUUAAAUUGCUUUCUGAUGCAACUGCCACUCCUCAAGAUCCAGGAAUCAGUUGGAGUAGAAAAGGGAAAUGUGCACCAAAUGAUAAUGAGUGUGUUGUCACAAUUAGUGAGAUUUAUAUAUGGCUCAUUUCAACAUUCCUUCUGUGGUUUGUUCUGGCAAUCUACUUUGACAAUAUUA